AUGACUGACGUUGCCGACGGAGGGUGCUCCCCCUCCCCUCUUGACCCCUCCUACGCCUCUGCUGCUACUGCUGUCGACUUCCUCGGUGCGGAGAAGGUCGCAGCGGCUUCCGCUCCUGGUGGGAAGCGUGGUGGUGGCAGGGGCGGCAAGGGUGGCAGGGGUGGCGGAGGUGGCGGUGGAGGGAGCGGUGGUGGAGGCGGCGGGGGUGGUGGAGGUGGUGGGGGUGGCCGUGGGGGUGGAGGCGGUGGGUGGGGUGGCGGCAGGACCGGGGGCGGUGGAGGCGGCGGCGGCGGUGGUGGGGGAGGAGGCAGCGGCAGUGGCGGUGGAGGUGGGAGUGGGGGUGGAUCUGGCCAGAAGGGUGGCCCCACUGGUGGCCAGCAGCAGCAGCUUCCUCCCCUCACCUCCCAGCAGCUCAAUGACUGGUAUGCUGGGCGUGGGGCGUCUCGGGGUUCUGACCGCUGCCCCUAUGUCAUUCGUACUGGCCCCCGCAAGGGUCGCCCCUGCAACGGUUUUCACACUGAGUAUCGUUGUUUUGCUAGGCUUAGUGACGCCUGGCGUGCCAAGUAUCCUGAUGCUACUGAGUUCCCCAACUGGGCCGAGCUGCUUAGGCGUGAUGUGCCUAUCUUUGAUCUGGACUAUGAUGUUAUUCUUGCUGCCAUGUAUGCAUUGACUGUUAGUGCUGAGGGUGACUGUUACUUGUGUGUGCCGCCUGAUCCUGGUAUUGACCCCGGUAUAAGGGCUGCAGCCCUAGGUGCUAGUGAGUCUGCUCCCCUUGGUACUGAGUCGACUCAGGCCUUGCACACGUUUACACUUGACUCUGGUGCUUCCCGCUGUUUCUUUCGCGAUAGCACCACCGUCACUCCCCUCCCUGCACCUGUCCCUGUCUCACUGGCUGACCCCUCUGGGGGCCCAGUGCUUGCACGAGCCACGACUGUGCUCCCGUGCCCGGCGGUCCCGUCUGGUGAGCUGUCAGGUCUCCACGUUCCCUCGUUCUCUACGAACCUGGUGAGCAACGCCGUCCUCCAGGAUCACUGGGUUGACACCUGGACUCCUGGAGGGCAGCGUGUGGCGAUCUGCACGUGCUCCAAGACUGGCCGCCACCUGGCCACGUUCACUCGUGAGCCGGGGUCUAGUCUGUACACCCUCACCACUGUUUCACGCUACACUCCUUUGUCUCCUCAGCUGUACGCGUCUGCUCAGGUAGCUACCUACAUGCACUCUCGCUCCCUGGUCUCUGGGCUUCCCAGGUCUCUGCCUGCCCUCCCUCCCUCGCCUGCGCCGCCCUGCAUUCCCUGCGUCGAGGGGCGGCAGCGCGCCGCUCCUCACUCCUCCUCGUUUCCUCCCACAGAGGCUCCCCUGCAGACGCUCCACCUGGACGUGUGGGGCCCAGCCCGCGUCCAGGGACAGGGCCGUGAGCGGUACUUUUUGCUGGUUGUCGACGACUACACGCGUUACACCACGGUCUUCCCCUUGCGCAGCAAGGGGGACGUCCCUGCUGUUUUGAUCCCCUGGAUCCGCGCUGUGCGUCUCCAGCUCCGCGAGCGGUUCGAGCGGGACUUCCCUGUCCUGCGUCUGCACUCUGACGGAGGUGGUGAGUUCUCCUCUGACCUCUUGGCAGCCUUCUGUGCGGAGCACGGCAUCACCCAGUCGUUCACGCUUCCGGCCUCUCCGCAGCAGAAUGGGGUUGCUGAGCGCCGCAUUAGCUUAGUCAUGGAGGUCGCUCGUACCUCCAUGAUCCAUGCAGCGGCUCCCCAUUUUCUGUGGCCGUUCGCGGUCCGGUACGCCGCGCAUCAGCUCAACCUCUGGCCCCGUGUCUCCUUGCCGGAGACCUCGCCCACGCUGCUGUGGACGGGGGAGGUUGGCGAUGCGUCGCGUUUCCGGGUCUGGGGUGCUCGUGCCUUUGUCCGCGAUACCACCGCGGACAAGCUCUCUGCUCGCGCCAUUCCCUGCGUCUUCCUUGGUCCUCCCCAGGUAGACCCCCUCCCCGCGCCAGGUCCUGCUCCUUCAGGUGUUUCUCAGGUAGACCCUCCGGUACCUGCGCCUGUUGAGGUCACUGGUGACUCAGGUCCUGCUGGAGGUGGUCCUGCUCGGGGUGCUGUCUCUGGGGGUGCUGAGCCUGGGGGUGCUGAGCCUGGGGGUGCGGAGCCUGAGCGAGAGGCGCCUAGAGGUGCUGAGCCUGGGGGUGCGGAGUCUGGGGGUGCUGUGCCUGCGCGUGAGGAGCCUGGAGGUGCUGAGCUUGGGGGUGUCGAGUCUGAGGGUGCGGAGCCUGCGCGAGAGGAGCCUGGAGGUGCUGAGCCUAGGGGUGCGGAGUCUGGGGGUGCUGUGCCUGCGCGUGAGGAGCCUGGAGGUGCUGAGCUUGGGGGUGCCGAGUCUGCGGGUACUGAGCCUACGCGUGAGGAGCCUGGAGGUGCUGGCGCUGGAGGUUCUGGAGCAGUUGGGGGUGCUGGCGCUGAGGGUUCUGAGUCUGCUGUUGCGCGGUCUCCUUGGAGUAGCCGCCUUCGUCCACGUGUGCCUCUCACCUCACAGCAGCUGCAGGACCGGUACGGUCGCCGUCAGGGUCGCGCUGCUGGAGCCCGGGGCUCUACUGCUGGAGUCGCUGGUUCCGGAGGUGCUCGUCCUGGGGGUACUGGAGCUGCUGGGGCUGGGGGUGCUGGUUCUGGGGGUGCUGCUGCUGGAGACACUGAGGUUGGAGACCCUGGGACUGGAGGUGUCGGUUCUGGGACUGGAGCUGCUGGAGACUGGUAG